AAUCAGUGUAUCUGUAGCAGUCGAGGCAGGAGGACGUGUCUUCUUGCUCUCUCUCGCGCCUCACUCGAACCCAUUCCCUCACCCCCACUCUGGCACUCUCCAGGGGGUGUUCAGUGCCAGUCGUCCAUCUUGGCAAGUCACUACGACCCUCUCUGAUUGGCUGGAGUUGACAAGAGUCGUUUUGCCAAUUGGUUACAUCCCCUUCGUGGAGGUCCCCUGUGAGGAGUUCCUGGGGGAGUUAAUUCAGUGGAUUAUCAUUAGCAGCCUCCUGCCCCUCGGCUGCCCACUCGUGCCCUGGCUGUGCUGCCCCUACGAGUACGAGCCUACGAGCAUCACCAUCAGCAACGACCUUUCUUGCAACGAGGCGGGUGCGGUGUACGGCGCCGCGACCUUCUGGGUCAUGAAAAUUGUGUCUCUCGUCGGUAUGAUCCUCACCAUCGUCGCGCUCAGUAAUUGCGCGACGGAGGUGGUGACCAACAAUGCUGAAGCUGUAGCCAACCUGACCGAGCUGACCUCCUCCAUCCUGGGCAGCAUAGACAAGCAGGUCAUGCUGGAGGGUGGUCAGGUCAUGGUCGAGAUAGAUAAGAUCGUGAACUUCCUCGAGGGCAAAGAGGAGGAAGGAGUAAAGGAAGAUGCGAAGGAAGCUGGUGUUCAUAACGAGACUGUCUUGAGUCGAAACACAAGGCAAGCCUCGUAUGUGGAGAUACCAAUACUGCCGUCUUAUGUAACAGGCACUGACGAUGUUGGUGACGGGUGUCAGAGGGCAGACGUGCUUGUGGAUGAUGAGUGUCACCAGGUGCUGACCCAGGGCCCCUGUGACGACGACGAGCUGGUGCUGAUUGAUCACUACACGAGGCAGGGUUACUGCGCCCCACGUCUGUGUCCCCACGAUAAGGUGUUUGUUCACGAUGACCAGCUGUGUCAUGACCCGCUAGAGUACGGCCUGUGUCCCCCGGGCCGCCAGCUCUUCUCCAACGGCUUCGGAACGCCCGUGUGUGGGUGCCCCGACGGGACUUACGAGGAAGAGGACGACCUUGACGAGGAUGUGUGUGAGCCCCUGCUGGGUCACAAUGACUGUCCGCCCGGCCAGGUAUUCUGGUUCAGCGACUUCCGUUACCCUGUAGGAUGCCGCCCCGAUCCCUGCCACGGCCUCAACCUGAAGAGGAACCCUGAUGACCUCCCCUACAUCCCAUCCAUAUUCGACGGGAAGUGUUACCAGAUAGGAACGCGUCCCUUCUUCUGCAAAUACGACGAGUUUUACUCUAUCAGCUACAAGCAACUGAAGGGCGUGUGCACCACCCUGGAGGACGCCGGCUUCACCGUCCUGGACUCAGACACCCUCACCUACCUGGACGCUACCUACGGCGCCUCCUCCAACACGGAAGGCUACAGGAAGACACACAAAAUUCAUAAGCCAAAACUCACUCCCGCUAGUACGACCCUUCUUAAGCGCCCCGACGUGGGAGAGGCGGUGCUGCACGCUGACGAGGACGAGGAUGACGGUCCGAGUCGUCUCUCCAUUGGUCAGCCCGCCGGGCCGAGUCGUUCCCGUCACAACCCGAAGGAUAAUGAGGUCGACGAUGAUCUCACGCCGCUACACACUCACCUCAAUGCAUUUUCUCCGUCCUAUAUUGCAGUAGGAGGCCGGACCAUCACCUUCUUGAAUCUGCUGCAGGAAUCAAACCGCCCACAUAGUCGUCAGCGCAGGGCCCCUCUCCCCUUCGCCUCCCCCGGCAAUGUGAUCGAGCCUGGCCUCUCCGCUUGCAGGGCCGGUGCCAAACGUGACGGGAAUGCCAAGUGCAGAGAUACGAUCUUGCCAGGAAACUACCCCCCCAGCAGGGCCAAACGCUCAGUGCCCCCCGUGCCCCCCCAUCCUGCCUGUCCCCAGGGCACCUUCAGAGACAUAAUGCGGAAGUGCAGCCCCACCAAGAGUGCCGUCGCCUCCUCCAUCAACGCCCUCAACCUCGGUUAGACCUCCCCGUGGGCGUGCGUGGGCGUGUGUGGGCGUGGGGGGGCGUGAGGGCGUGAGGGAAGGAUGCAAGUGAUAGCGCAAUAGAGUGGUUAAGAUUGUGUUUGUGUGUUUGUGUGUUUGUCCGUUUUUGUCUGUUUUGUUUUUCUUUCCUUCAUUUUUCUUUGGUUUUUCUGUUUUUUUCUGGUUUUUCUUUAAUUUUCGUAGUUUUUUCUAUUUUUCUUCGUUUUUCUUUGUUUUUUCUUUAUUUCUUAAUUUUCUUAAUUUGUCUUCUUUUCUCAUUUUCUUAUUUUUUUCUUUAUUUUCCUACAUGUCUCGUCAUCGUUCUUAUUUUUCUCAUUAACUUUCUCAUUUUUACUUUAUUUUCGUUAUUUUCUUAUUUUUUUUCUUAAAAUUUCUUAUUCUCUUGAAUUUCCUUCAUUUUCUUAAUUUUCCUUCGAUUUUUCUUAAAUUUGUCCUUUACUUUCAUUUAGAUUAACUUCCCUUAAAUUUCCUCAUUUCCUUUUUUCUUUUUACUUCAUUUCCCUUCUUUUCUAUUAAUUAUUAUUAUUUUUUUUACCUCCUUUCUUCAUUUAUUCCGAUCUGUUCUUCUUUAUCCUCCUCCUCCUCCUCUUCCUCCCCUUCUGUCUCAAUUUCAUCCUUUCUUCUUCCCCCUCUUCUUAGAUAUCAUUGUUUUUUUUUUAUUUUCCUAUUUUUUCUUUUCUAUUUUUUAGUCAGAUUUUUUUUAGGGAGGCAGGAAAUUAAAAAUAAAAAUGGUGAUAGUUUUCCUUUUUGUUGACAUGGAAAUCCUAUUAUUACUAUUAUUAUUUUUGUGGGGCGUAGUUUUAAUUUUGUUUACGUGAAAAUACUAUUAUUUUCUUUGGAAGGUAGAAAAUAUUGACAGUUUUCCUUUUCGUUUACUUGAAAAUAGUGAAGUUACUUUUUUUUUCCAUUAAGGGUCAAAUUUGUGUGUUUUUCUUAAGCUGACCCGCCUGUGUUUACUUUUAAGGCCAGAAAUUAAUGGACGUUUAGCUCUGUGUGUGUGUGUGUGUGUGUGUGUGUGUGUGUGUGUGUGUGUGUGUGUGUGUGUGUGUGUGUGUGUGUGUGUGUGUGUGGGUUAGUCGAUUGGUUCAAAAGUUCCCCGUUUUCCCUGUGGUUAAGUUCCUGGACGUGAGAAGAAAACGAGAAGAGGCAUUCUGGGUCUUUUUUUUGCGGUUGUUUAAAGGCUUUUGUUUCGUCGUGAAGUGGUGUUUGGUUUUGGUACGAUGAUUGUGAAUACUUCGCCGGUACACCUGUGCAAAUAAUAAUGAUGAUUUUGAAUAGUGGAUGGUAAAUGGUUAGAGUAAUAGGUAAUGAACUGUCUUCCAGUACAACUUUGCAAAUAAUAAUGAAUAAUGGAUGAUGAAUGGAUGGAAUAGUAGAUAAACGAUGAUACUAAGAAAACUGUAAGCCUGAGCGAUGUGUUAGACAGAUAAAUAUAAGAAUAAAUAGAUGAUAAUAUUGAUGGAAAUGAAUAUUAAGAUUAUUGGCAUUCGAGUUUGAAAAAAAAAUAAUACCAGAUUAUAAAAGUAAAAGAAAAGUAAAAUUUUUCAAAGAACAAGACCAAUAAAUACGUAGAUAAAUAAGUAGAUAAAGAAAAAAAAAUAGAGAAAAAGAUACCAGAUUAUCUAAAGAAAUUAAAAGAAGAAUUAGAUUUUUUAAGAAACAAAUAAAUAACUCGCAGAUAAACACCCACCGUUCCUUUAAGAUAAAACUGUCGCGUGAAUGAACCCAUGACUGAACUAAAACAAAAAGAGUUGGAACUUGUAAAUGAUAAAUAAAGGAAUUCCUGCCGUGAUAUUUGUAGUGAUGUUUCUGAAAUAGUAUUAAAGAGUGUUGGCUCCAGCUGGUGUGUGUGUGUGUGUGUGUGUGUGUGUGUGUGUGUGUGUGUGUGUGUGUGUGUGUGUGUGUGUGUGUGUGUGUAGAGAGAGAGAGAGAGAGAGAGGUUUAAUAGCAAUAAGGUUUUUCAUUUUCCUUCACGUCGUGUCGUUAUGAAAUCUUUCCUAUAUUAAUGUGAAUAAAAGUGAAAGGUGUGUGUUUUGA